AUGUCGUGCUGCAGAGCCCUCGGCCCCCCCGAGGCCCUCACGUGUCAGGUGUGCUUGGACUCGUUCCAGAGUCCCACGCAGGUGUUUAUUUGCGGCCACAUAUUCUGUGAGUCCUGCAUUCGAGGCGCGACCACCUGCCCCACCUGCCGUGGCCACGUCGAGUACACCAAGCCGGCCCCAAAUUCCGUGCGGCAGGGAGUGCUGCUCCUGCCUGUGAUGUGCGGUAGCUGCGGGUGGCAAGGGACACGACAGCAGUCGCAAACCCACCGAUGCGGGACCAAAGACACCCAGAGCGUCUACAGCAGCUACCCACGCCUUUCCGACGAAGAGUUGCAUCGCCGGGCAAUAGAUCCUUCCAGAGGGUCUAUCUUUCACCAGCCUGGCACCUUCAAGGGGAUCCCGCUCUCCAGCGAAGUUGCUCCAAACCGAAAAUAA